GCCAAGUGCGAGCUGUUGAAAUACGACUGGUACAUGCGGGUCGAUGACUCAUGGAAGGAGUCAUGGCAGUCGAUCGUCUGCGCACAAGACCGAAUCGAGAAGCUGCGGGGCGCCUGCCGCCGUCUGAGGGCCCGCGAGCUCGGGGAGGCACCCCGCAAGCGCCGGCGGCGCGCGGCCGCGGGGCUGGAGGCGUGGGAGGCGCGGCUGGUCCACGUGCGCGCGUGGCACGGGACGGGCGGCGUCGGGGAUGGGGCAGUGCUAACGGCGGCUGCGGCGGCGCUGGCGGAGCGCGCGGGCGGCUACCUGAUUGCUGACCCCCGGGGGCCAGACCAGCUGACGGUCCUGAUUGGCAGCACCCGGCUGUAG